CCAUGGAUGGGGGUGAUCCUCUCCAUCCACCACAAACCUAGUGCUCAUUGUAGCAGAAUCGCAGUGCACUGGACUGUACAGAGCAGGGUACCAUCCAGGCUGUUGUCUGUGAGGGGUGGGGUCCGGCUACACUGAUACCACCAAACAUAAGCUCACAGACUGACACGGGAGAGGCAAAAAAGGGGAGAGAAAAAAGAGAGAGAGAAGAGGGGGGAAGAUUGCACCUGAAGAGGAAUAUAAAACGGAAUGAAAGGAGACACCCCAGUGAACAGCACAAUGAGCGUCGGUCAAGCCAGGAAACUGGUGGAGCAACUGAAGAUAGAGGCUAGUUUCUGCAGGAUAAAGGUGUCGAAAGCAGCAGCCGAUCUGAUGGCGUACUGCGACGCACACUCCUGCGACGACCCUCUGAUCACCCCUGUGCCCACCUCAGAGAACCCCUUCAGGGAGAAGAAGUUCUUUUGUGCUCUGCUUUAAAUCAAAUCAGGGAUUGUUGUGAUUU